AGAAACCGGCACGACAAUCUUCAACGCAGGAUAAUCAGAAAAUCUGACAUAUUAUUUUACGAGUAAAAUUGUCGGAAACAUCGUUCCUAUUUAGCCGGUUGUGUUUGCAAUGUUACAGCUUAGGUUCUCGGGGGCUUUAAAGGACUUUUGUAAACCCAGUCUAAGACGCAUUUUAAAAAGUAAUACGGAUAAUAAAGCACCACCAUGCACAUCAUUUAGGCGCCUUCUGUGCACCCAGACAGACGCGACCGGCCAAGCCCAGAAAAAUGCUCUCGGCACCGAUGCGUCUACGGAGAAGAGAAGGAAGGCAGGCAUUUUGCCCAGCCUGGAAGAUCUGCUGUUCUACACCAUUGCAGAGGGCCAGGAGAAAAUUCCGGCUCACAAAUUCACCACGGCAUUGAAAGCCACUGGUCUGCGUACUGGCGACCCUCGUCUUAAGGAAUGUAUGGAGAUGUUAAAGGUCACCCUUAAAACCACUUCAGAUGGUGCUCUGGAUCGACAUCUCUUCAAAAAAUGCGUGCAGAGCAACAUCGUGCUGCUCACUCAGGCUUUCCGCAAGAAGUUCGUCAUUCCCGACUUUCAAUCGUUCACGUCUCAUGUCGAUCAAAUUUACGAGAGCGCUAAAUCCCUUUCGGGUGGCCAGGUGGCAGAUUACAUUCCUCAGCUAGCGAAAUUCAGCCCAAACCUCUGGGCUGUUUCUCUCUGCACAGUAGAUGGUCAACGAUACACUGCAGGUGAUACGAAAGUUCCCUUCUGUCUGCAGUCGUGUGUGAAACCGUUAAAAUAUGCAAUCGCGGUUCACGACCACGGCACGGAAUACGUUCACCGUUUUAUAGGGAAAGAGCCCAGCGGUCUUCGAUUCAACAAACUGUUCCUAGAUGAAGAUGAUAAACCUCACAAUCCCAUGGUAAACGCUGGUGCCAUAGUUUGCACCUCCCUCCUCAAGCAACGUGUAAGCAACGCUGAGAAGUUUGACUAUGUGAUGAACUUUAUGAAGAAGUUGGCCGGAAAUGAGUAUGUCGGUUUCAGCAAUGCAACGUUUCAAUCAGAGAGAUUGUCAGGUGACAGAAACUUUGCCAUUGGUUACUACUUGAAAGAGAAGAAGUGUUUCCCCGAGGGCACCGAUAUGAUCUCCAUCCUGGACCUUUACUUCCAGCUGUGCUCCAUUGAGGUGACCUGCGAGAGUGCCAGUGUAAUGGCAGCUACCCUCGCGAACGGCGGUUUUUGUCCAAUCACUGGCGAGCGUGUGCUGAACCCUGAGGCUGUACGGGACACGCUGAGUCUCAUGCACUCCUGCGGCAUGUACGACUUCUCCGGACAGUUCGCUUUCCAUGUUGGUCUUCCGGCUAAAUCGGGUGUUUCCGGGGGUAUCCUGCUGGUGGUGCCCAAUGUGAUGGGCAUCAUGUGUUGGUCUCCUCCUCUGGACAAACUGGGAAAUAGCGUGCGAGGCAUUCAGUUCUGCACGGAUUUGGUUCAACUCUUUAAUUUCCAUAACUAUGAUAACUUGCGCCAUUUUGCCAAGAAACUGGAUCCACGCAGAGAAGGCGGAGACCAACGGCAGCAGCAGAAUCUCGGACCGCUGGACUAUACGAGUCUACAGAAGGAACUCGCACUCACUGACAAAGUGUGGAAAAAAGUCUGUCCUUCCGAAACGGAUGGGGACAGUUCCACCUCUGUAGUCUAUAGGAUGGAGAGCAUGGCGGAGCAAAACUAGAAGAGACAACUGCCCCACCCCACCCCACCCCACACACACCCACUUUCUUUUUCUUGUUUUGUCAUCCAUCAGCUAAUCAUUUCCUUUGAUUUAUCAGUAUUUCCUGUAUUGAAUUUUAUGGCCACAUCCACACUAAUACGUUUUCAUUUGAAAACGCAUUGAUUUCGCUAUGUUUACGCCUUUUAUCCACACUUCAGUGACGUUUUCCUCUUCCGAAAAUGGAGCGCUUAGAAAACACUCUCCUUUUCCGCAUACUUUUGAAAACAGUGUAGUUAGGUUACAUCUACACUAAUCUAUACUUGGGUUUUUCACAUGCCACUAAGUCUUGCGCGCACAGUGAAUGUGACGUAAAUUUCUGCAUGCACACGUGCGCGUACAUAAAUGUAGUGCGUAUGCAUUAAGUAUGUCCAUUAGGGCUCGCGUUUAAAAAAAGAACACUCAACUGUGCGUUAGUCGUAACAACACGUGGAAAAACUAAGUAUACUCAGGCCGAGAGGAAUGUCAUGUCCUUACUGGCUGAUGCUGCUAAAACCAUGAGCAUGUUGUAGAACUAUUUAUACUUACAUUUUUAUUUUUAGUAGAUUAACUCUUGCCCAAUAGCAUGUGUUUGUUAAAUUUGACUUCCAAGUACAGUGUUCUGGAGAUUUUGUCAGGUUUUGCCUGAAAUGCACAGUACAAAGCAUACCAAAGACAUUUUUAAAGCUGAUGUUAAAAAACUUAGACCUAUUCUAGUCCCUUUAAUGUGAAGAGACAUCUAGCCUAUAAGUAAGCCAUUCGUAGGUAACCUUUCUGAAGUGCAAAUACAUUUGUGAUUCUGUGGCACUUUAAAAAAUGUUCUCUAUUUAUUGGAGCAACCCGACAUCUCCACAUUGACGGGGAAGUGUUUAAACCAACAGUGAUAAUUUUUGUAAUUCCUUUGGUGAAACUAGUGGCACAGAAAUUACACACAACAGCUUAAAAUGUUACAGUUCUGUAAGAAAAACAAUGCUGCGUUCACAUCGUGUUGGAAUUACUGUAAUUACGAGAUUCCGGCUUGUUAGCCAUUCACAUCUUCGUCAAACUCGGAAACUACGAAUUUGAUGAACAUUCUGACCUGACGGAACUUUUAAGAUUUUGUUCGUCAGACUCGGAAACUCUGAGGUCACAUCAACACUAAUACGUUUUUGUUUGAAAACGCAUGAAUUGUUCUUCGUUUAUGUCUCUCAUCCACACUAGAACGGCUUUUUCCUUCACCAAAAAUUAAGCGUUUCGAAAAUGCUCUCAAUUAUCACGUACUUCGAAAAAUGAUGACGUUAAAGGCACAGUCAUACCUUCGCACGGCGAAAUUCCGUGGGCAAAAUACAGUCAUCUCAAUGGGAAUUCGCUCUAUCUUGAAUUUCGCGUGAUGGACUUCUGGUGGCGAAGAAUUUCCCCUUGCGGAUUUCGCGUGGAGUUCAAGUUUGGUGAACUGUGCGCAAACUUUCGCCACAUUGACCAAUUGCUUGAUUUGGCAGUGACCUCUCUGUGGGCGGUGCUUCAUAUACUGCUAUACUGAAUAUUCACAAUGGACACAUUUUAGUGGCAAGUUUCUUUUCAACUCACUCUGCCAGAGUAUGAAGUGCAGCAUUAUUCACAUUAAUGCGGUAAGGCGUGGUCACACAUACCUUUGCACAUAAUUCCGCAGGUGAAGAUGACGUGGGCAGAUGUUGAGCACGUGUGAAAUCAGCAAAAAACUAACUGCCAAGCAACCUCUUUUUAAUGCUGCACUUUAUGCUCUGAAGAGUGAAGUUAAAAAGAAACUCACCGUAAAAAUUAUAUUCUUGUCCACCCACACAGAGGUCACUGUCAAACCAAGCAACUUCCAUUGGUCAACAUGGCGAGUUCGCUUGUCAAAUUUCACCAAACUUAAACUCGACGCGAAUUCCGCAAUGGGAAAUUCUUCCAUUGUGCGAAAUUUACGAUUGCGCAGAUUCCCAUUGAAAUGACCGGCGGAAUUUCGCCGUGCGAAGGUAAAUGUGACCACGCCUUUAGGAAACUGAAAACGGAAAAUGGAUUAGUGUGUUAGUCUGGAUGUUGCCUGAAUUUGAUGAAACCUAACAGAACUUAGCUGUGAACGCACCAUAAGAUUUAGUAUUAGAACUGCUUUUUUCAAAUAGUUUCAGAAACCUUCAGAAAAUAUUCCUGAGGUUCAGUGUCCUUUGUUGUUGUACGUGAUUACAUUUUGUCAGUCUUGUCAAUCAUUGAUUUCCAAUUUUUUUUUUACCUCCCUGUUAUCAAAAUAUUUGGUUUGGAGAAUGUAUGUUAUUGAGGGUGUUCUGUUAACUUAUUUCUGGUAGUAUUAUGAAACAUUUAAGGAUAAAGAAGUUCGUUCUAAAUUUGGUGCAUGACAGUUAAAUGUGAAAAGUCAAAAUCUGAGUCUGUGUAAAAUAACAUUUUACUCUAAGAACCUUAGUAACACUAUAAAGGGUCUUCUGGGUACAAUUCAACAGGCUAUUUUCUGUAAAUUUGAUUGAAUAUUUUUUAGUUUUAUGUUUUAAUUUUGUAAAAACAAAAAAAGAAUCUAUAUGUAUAAAAGUAACAUACAUAUGUUAAAUUUCGUUUAGAAACCAAACAAGUGAUUAAAGCUAACUAGCACAGAACUGGUCGACCUUGAUCAGAUAACUUUAUGUGAAAGGGAAGAAAGAUUGUUUCACUUUUGGUUUCACAAUGCAGAUUUUUCUUGCUGUUAAAAUUGUAUUUGAAUCAUUGUUUCUAACCCAGUUCUUGAUUGUUUUUUUUUUUACAGUACUGUAUUCUGUUAUUUAAUUUCUUAAUAUGUGCCUCUUGAAACCCAUUAAUUUGUUGUUGUUUUUUUGUUUUGUUUUUUUGUUUGUUUUUUUGACACUAUGAAUUGCUAUUUUAAAAUCUCUGAAAUUAAUUAUUCAAGAUUAUUCCAAACUGAGCAAGAUAUGUCUGCACCAAGAGCGACUUAAACUUACUACGUGAACUUGAUUUUUAUUUUUAAAAGAAUGUUUUGCUUGCUGAAUUUCAAGUUAUUGGCAUUGAUUGACAUUUCACUUGCUGUUUUAUGUCAGAAAUUUUAACGUCCGUUACCUAUUUUGUUUAUGGAGACUACCUUUAGAAAAAAGAGCAGCUUUGUAAAUUUUUUACAACAUAUACAGUGAUUUCUUCUGUUUUUAUGUAUAUCUUAUACUAAAUUGUUUCAAAAAUUAAAACAAAAUCUAACAUAAAACAAAGGUAAUCUGAGUAAACACAAAAUACAGUUUUUAAAUGAUAAUGUUAUUUAUUGAAGCAAAAAAGUUAUGCAAUACCAACUGGGCCUGUGUGUAAAAGUAUUUGUCCCCUUAGUUUCUAAAUCCCCAAAUCUAUGAAACUGCAUUCAUUAUGGCGUUCAGCUGGACUAAACUCACCCAGACCUGAUUACUGCCAGCCAUGUUCAAUUAAAUCAACACCUAAAUAGAACUGUUUCAGCAGCAUGAAGUUGGCUAAAAGGUCUCACCCAGUAGCACACUAUGCCAAGGUCGAAAGAAAUUCCAGAAAUGAUGAGGAAAAUGGUGAAUGAAACACAUCAGUCUGCGAAGUGUUACAAAGCUAUUUCAAAGGCUCUGGGACUCCAAAGAACCACAGAGAGAGCCAUUAUCUCCAAAUGGAGAAAAUUUGGCACAGUAGUGAACCUUCCCAGAAGUGGCCGACCUUCCUAAAUUCCUCCAAAAGCACAGAGAUGACUCAUCCAGGAAGUCACAAAAAAGCCAAGUACAACAUCCAAGGAACUGCUGUGGCAGGACCUAACAUGCAGUUCAUGCUUGAAAACCCUCCAAUGUGGCUGAACUAAAGCAGUUCUGCAAAGAAGAGUGGGCCGGAAAUUGUGGCCCACUACAAUUGACUGCAGUCUUUCACAUGGGUGAUAUAGGUGUUGGAUAACUUUUGCUUCAGUAAAAAAAAAAAAUUAUAUUAGAAAACUGUAUUUUGUGUUUACUCAGGUUGCCUUUGUUUUAUGUUAUAUCUCGUUAGAAGAUCUAACACAAUUUAGUAUGAAAAAUACACAAAAAUAGAAGAAAUCAGGAAGGGGGCAAAAACUUUUUCACAGCACUGUAUAGUAUUAUAUAGUAACAAGUAUCACUUUUGACACUGUGGAAUGUUUCUAUAAUAGAAGACUGAAGAAUAUUUGAUUGAUACGACUGAACUUUUAACAAACCAUUACACACUCAAAUUAUUUGUUUGUUCCAAGGUUCUCUUCUUUAAAUUAGGUCACGGUGUAGUAGUUUUCUUUAUAUAUAUAUAUAUAUAUAUAUAUAUAUAUAUAUAUACACUGGCGGCCAAAAGUUUGGAAUAAUGUACAGAUUUUGCUCUUAUGGAAAGAAAUUGGUACUUUUAUUCACCAAAGUGACAUUCAACUGAUCACAAUUUAUAGUCAGGACAUUAAUAACGUGAAAAAUUACUAUUACAAUUUGAAAAAAAUGUUCAGAACUUCUUAAACUACUUCAAAGAGUUCUCAUCAAAAAAUCCUCCACGUGCAGCAAUGACAGCUUUGCAGAUCCUUGUUAUUCUAGCUGUCAGUUUGUCCAGAUACUCCGGUGACAUUUCACCCCACACUUCCUGUAGCACUUGCCAUAGAUGAUGCUGUCAGCUGAGGACAUGUGAGGCGUCUAUUUCUCAAACUAGAGACUCUGAUGUACUUAUCCUCUUGUUUAGUUGUACAUCUGGCCUUCCACAUCUCUUUCUGUCCUUGUUAGAGCCAGUUGUCCUUUGUCUUUGAAGACUGUAGUGUACACCUUUGUAUGAAAUCUUCAGUUUUUUGGCAAUUUCAAGCAUUGUAUAGCCUUCAUUUCUCAAAACAAUGAUUGACUGAUGAGUUUCUAGAGAAAGCUGUUUCUGACGUAAUAUUGACCUUAAGACAUGCUAAUAUAUUGCAUACUGUGGCAACUCAAAAACAAACACAAAGACAAUGUUAAGCUUCAUUUAACGAACCAAAUAUCUUUCAGCUAUGUUUGAUAUAAUGGCAAGUGAUUUUCUAGUACCAAAUUAGCAAUUUAGCAUGAUUACUCAAGGAUAAGGUGUUGGAGUGAUGGCUGCUGGAAAUGGGGCCUGUCUAGAUUUGAUCAAAAAUGACUUUUUUCAAAUAGUGAUGGUGCUGUUUUUUUUACAUCAGUAAUGUCCUGACUAUACUUUGUGAGCAGUUGAAUGUCUUGCUCAAUAUACUUAUUGUCUUCAUCUGUAAAUGUUCUAAUAAAUGAUGCUUUACCCAGUGUGAUUUAUUCCUUGUUUCUUGAUGUUCACUGUUUAUGCUUUGUAUGUAUUUUGUACAUAAUUUUGUUAUACUGGAUAACUAUGAGGUCAUUUGACACAGCCUGACUUCGAACGCUUGAGAUCCUGUACAAGUGGUUCAUGCAUUGAUGUCGUUCUAGUGUCAUUCAUUUGCCACAAACGACUCAUCUGUUG